AUGGGAAAUCAAGAAGCCUGCUGUUCUGAGAAGAAGGUGUGGUUGACUUUUCUAGAUGUGAUUGCGAUAACAGGCCCAAACUCAAAUUACAUCCCAGAGAACCAGCAUCAAAGCGUGGCAGUGUGGCGUGAAGAUUUCCCCCAGCGUGACGGCAUGCAGACGGGGCGGACCCCAGCUCCGGCCCCCUCGGACCGCCGUAUCUACACUACAAUCAUCUAUGAGGGGGGCAACUGCUCACUUCAGUUCACAAUAGUGAAUAAACAGUGGUUAAAGACAGGCACUCUGGAGGUUGAUGAAUUGGCGCUUGCAUGCAGGGACAACACACUAAACCCUUUCAUGUCUCUGUCUGAUCUCUCGUCCCUGCCCUGCUUCAGACAGAUAGAGAGAAAUAGACCGCUGCUCCAUGAGUUUCCUACAUAUGACGACUACCUGGGAUUGGGCGAGCUCCCGGAGACCUUUCCCUCUGACCCGCCAGAGCCCCUCCCACACUUCCUGUUGGAGCCAGAAGAGGCGUACAUCGUCAAGAACAAACCCGUCAACCUCUACUGCAAAGCCACGCCUGCCACGCAGAUUUACUUCAAGUGCAACAGCGAGUGGGUCCAUCAGAAAGAGCAUACGGUGGAAGAGCGCGUGGACGAGACGUCCGGUCUAGUGGUUCGAGAAGCCAUCAUCGAGAUCACCCGUCAGCAGGUGGAGGAACUCUUUGGGCUUGAGGAUUUCUGGUGUCAGUGUGUCGCCUGGAGCUCAGCCGGAACCACCAAAAGUCGCAAGGCCCAUGUGCGCAUCGCCUAUCUCAGGAAGACGUUCGAUCAGGAGCCGCUGGGGAAGGAAGUGUCACUGGAACAGGAAGUGCUUCUGCAGUGCCGCCCACCUGAAGGAAUACCUGCAGCUGAGGUUGAGUGGCUGAAAAACGAAGAGGUUAUUGACCCUGCGGAUGACCGAAACUUUUACAUCACCAUCGACCACAACCUGAUCAUCAAACAGGCCCGUCUGUCCGACACUGCCAACUACACCUGCGUGGCUAAGAACAUCGUGGCCAAGCGGCGAAGCACCACAGCGACCGUCAUAGUUUACGUGAAUGGAGGCUGGUCUACAUGGACAGAAUGGUCCGUUUGUUCGAGUCGCUGUGGGCGGGGCUAUCAGAAGAGGACCAGAAGCUGUACCAACCCGGCUCCCUUGAAUGGAGGAGCAAUCUGUGAGGGUCAAGCCAUCCAGAAACUGGCCUGCAACCCCCUGUGCCCGGUGGACGGCCUGUGGACCGAGUGGAGUAAAUGGUCGCCGUGCGGUACGGAAUGCACCCACUGGAGACGCAGAGAGUGCGGCGCGCCCGCCUCCAAAAACGGGGGCAAGGACUGCGAGGGAACCGUUCUCCAGUCCAAGAAUUGUACGGAUGGGCUCUGUAUGCAGAGUUCCUUAUUUCAGAAGUCCUCAGAACCCAAAGACGAGAGCAAUGCUCUACCUCACCCAUCGGCUCCCAGCACAGAUGAUGUGGCCCUGUACGUGGGUAUCGUCAUCGCUCUCAUCAUGUGUUUGGUCAUCUCCGUCAUUGUGGCGCUCUUCGUGUACCGGAAGAACCAUCGGGACUUUGACUCUGACAUCAUGGAUUCGUCGGCGCUCAAUGGAGGAUUUCAGCCUGUGAACAUCAAGACUGCUCGGACAGCUGAUCUUCUGACGGCACCUCCUGACCUGACGUCAGCCGCGGCCAUGUACAGAGGGCCCGUUUACGCCCUCCACGACGUCGCCGAUAAAAUCCCCAUGACCAACUCUCCUCUGCUCGACCCGCUGCCCAACCUGAAGAUCAAAGUGUACAACUCGUCCGGGAUGGUGACGCCGCAAGAGGUCUUCUCCGACAUCUCGUCCAAACUCUCGCCCAAACUCCUGCACAAUCUGAUCGACAACGACACCAUCAGUCGACGCACGCAGACUCUGGCACGAUCUCGGGACCCCUCGUGCGCUGCGUUCGGUUCCUUUAAUUCCCUCGGAGGGCAUCUGAUCGUCCCAAAUUCAGGAGUGAGCUUGUUGGUGCCAGCGGGUGCCAUCCCUCAGGGCCGGGUGUAUGAGAUGUUUGUGACCGUUCACAGGAAGGAGAGCAUGAGGCCACAGGUGGACGACACACAGACUGUUCUGAGUCCAGUGGUCAGCUGUGGUCCUCCUGGGGCUCUCCUGACCCGACCCGUCAUCAUCACCAUGCACCAUUGUGCCGAGGCCGACAGCGAGGACUGGCUCAUACAGCUGAAGAGCCAAUCACAGCAGGGCCAGUGGGAGGAUGUGGUGGUUGUCGGCGAGGAAAACUUCACCACCCCCUGCUACAUUCAGAUGGAUGAAGAGGCGUGUCACAUCCUCACAGAGACGCUAGGCACGUACUGUUUGGUGGGGCAGUCCGUGAGCGCCGCCACCACCAAAAGACUGAAUCUGGCCAUCUUUGGGCCCGUGAGCUGCACGGUGCUGGAGUACAACAUCAGAGUCUACUGCCUGGAUGACACACAGGACGCGCUGAAGGAAGUUCUUCAGAUGGAGAAGCAGAUGGGCGGGAAGCUUCUGGAUGAACCAAAGUCUCUGAACUUUAAAGACAGCACUCACAACCUGCGUCUGUCCCUGCACGACGUCCCUCACACCCAGUGGAAGAGCAAACUGCUGGCUAAAUACCAGGAGUUGCCGUUCCAGCAGGUGUGGAGCGGAUCUCAGCGGAACCUCCAGUGCACUUUCACUCUGGAGCGAUUCAGUUCGAGUACGCUGGAGCUCGCCUGUAAACUGUGUGUGAGGCAAGUGGAAGGUGAAGGCCAGAUAUUCCAGCUCAACACCACCCUGUCUGAGGACUCUCAGUGCAUUGACACGUCUCUUCUGGACCCGGCCAGUAACAUCACCACACUGGUGGGUCCAAACGCUUUCCGGAUCCCUCUGUCCAUCCGACAAAAGCUGUGCGGGAGUCUAGACGCCCCUCAGACCCGCGGCAACGACUGGAGGAUGCUGGCCCACAAACUCAACCUGGACAGGUAUCUGAACUAUUUUGCGACCAAGUCGAGUCCGACCGGGGUGAUUUUGGACCUUUGGGAGGCGCAGCACUUUCCAGACGGCAAUCUGAACCGGCUGGCCGCGGUGCUGGAGGAGAUGGGUCGCCAUGAAAACAUCGUGCCCAUGGCAACCGAGCACUGACACCUGUCCGUGGUGCCGGGCACAGGAAGCUCUGGGAGGCGAGGGCCAGUCACAGCGGGUGGCACAGAACAGCAGCCAGAUCACUGUGACAUGAGCAGACCUGCUCGAACCGUCCGCUUUUCUGUUUCUUAAAACAACUCGACUCGAAGUCUAAAAAUCUAAAGGAAAGAGGAAAUAAAGACGCCCUGCCGUCUGUACGACCCUGGUUACAGUUGUUUGCUUUUCUAUUCGUCAAAUCAGUUUCUUAGGAAACGGGACUUCUGCUGUCCAGAUACUGGACCCCCAUCCCCUUUACCGGACGUGUGAUGGGAUAAUCAGAACAGGAAGUGGGAGUGGCCUACAGACAGGCAGGGCCGUGUGCUUUUACAUUAAUGCGUUUCAUUUUCCUCAUUGUUUUACUUUUUUGGAAUGGAAACAUUUUUAAACUUCUUUUAUUUAUACUUGUUGUUUUAUUUCACUCUCUUGGUUUUAUGUAUUUGAUUCGUUAUUGGUUAUUUUGUGUUUUAAUUGAGUGCUGGUUUGCUAUUGGCCAUCAACGUGGAUUGUUUUACAGCACCACCCAGUGGACAGAACCCACAACUACACUCUUGUGCUAACACACAGCUUUCUGUAUAUAUGCAUUCACAACAUUGUAAAGUUGAUCAGUGUUAUUAUUCUUAACGAUGAGCAUUUUCUUUAUAGCGUUUUGACCCGUAUCUAACUGCGAUUUCGACAAAAAAAAGAAACUCAAGAUGUUUCAGCAAAGAUUGUGCCGUUUUGUAAAUCUUCACUUGUCCUGGAUGUUGACACCUGCUGCUUUGGAUCAGAAACACGAAGGAGAAGUUCUGGAAGCCAUUUCAGGAAAACAUAUUGGCCAGAGUUCUCUCGUCUUCACCGCCAUCGGCUCGAUUAUGUUCAAGGUCCAGAUCUGAUGUUGGUUUUGCUGAGUUUAGGGCACGUGGACUGUUGUGACUUUACAGGACAGCAACAUUUGUGUGGAGAGAGACACAGAGAGAAUGAGACGCACUGAGACGUGUGUGAGAAACGCUGGAUGCAUGUGACUGUACUGAUGUAUCCGCUGCAGUUAAAAAAGUAUAAUAAUUGUAAAAAAAAGAAAAAUAGCCAUUUGAGUGUUUGCAAUUUACAGCGCGUCUCUGUUCACCGUCAUUUUCCUUGUACAAGUUGUCCAACUUUCUAAAGCUGUCUAUGCAAAUCCUGCAUCCUUUGUAAAACAAAUGCUACAUACUAAAAACCGCUAGCAGUUGCUUUCCAUAGUUAUCAUACGAUGAUUAUAUUUAUAGUGAGGAUGUUACUUAUUCUUUUAUGGCACGUACAUGAUGUAAUUUGCAAACGCUUGCAUCUCUGUGGAGUUUCUGUACAAAAUGUAAGAAAGAAUUUUUAAACAAGUAAUAAAUUAUAUUUAUAUGCAACACUGAAUUUGGGUGUCU